AAGCUGGCUGAACACUUUUCACUUUACUUCACCGACCUGAACCUAUGACUACCAAUGUUCAGAAACUAGCCAUCCAGCCCUAGGGCUGUGGACUCCUUAACAGCCAACAUCCCUUUCUUUACCACAAGAUGGGUGAAAUGAAUCGCAACACUUCUUCCGUGUGUGUGGUCAACAAGGAUCUGGAGCCAUUUACGUAUUUUUUCUAUCUGGUUUUCCUCAUUGGAAUCAUCGGCAGCUGCUUUGCUGCCUGGGCAUUCACCCAGAAAGACCAGCACCACAAGUGCUUGAGUAUUUACUUAAAGAACCUCCUCACCGCAGACUUCCUCCUCACCUUGGCCCUGCCCGUGAAAAUCGUGGUCGAUUUGGGGGUUGCACCCUGGAAACUCAAGAUUUUCCAUUGUCAGGUGACCGCAUGCCUGAUCUACAUCAAUAUGUACCUGUCCAUCAUCUUUCUGGCUUUUGUAAGCAUGGACCGCUGGCUCCAGUUGGUACACAGCUGCCAGGUGUAUCGGAUACAAGAGCCUGGUUUUGCCAAAAUGAUAUCCACCGUGGUGUGGGUCAUGGUCCUCCUUGUGAUGGUCCCCAACAUGGCCAUCCCCAUCAUCGACAUCCCGGAGAAGCCGACGGUGGGGUGCAUGGAAUUCAAGCGAGAGUUUGGGAAAAACUGGCAUGUGUUCACAAAUUUCAUCUGCGUGGCCAUCUUCUUAAACUUCUCGGCUAUCAUUUUAAUAUCUAACUGCCUCGUUAUCCGACAGCUCUACCGAAACAAAGACAAUGAGAGCUAUGCAAAUGUGAAACGAGCCCUGAUCAACAUACUGUUAGUAACUGUGGGCUAUAUUGUCUGUUUUGUUCCUUACCACAUCGUCCGGAUCCCCUAUACGCUCAGUCAGAGCAAUGUCAUAACAGACUGCCUCACCAAAAAAUCCCUCUUUAAAGCCAAGGAAGCAUCGUUGCUCUUAGCUGUCUCCAACCUGUGCUUUGACCCCAUCCUCUACUAUCACCUCUCCAAGGCAUUUAGAUUAAAAGUUACUAAGACGUUCUCAUCUCAUAAAGAGGCCAAAGUGAACCAAAGGGAGGCAGAAAAUGCGAUCGAGGAGUGACGUAUCAUUUUCCCUGAGAGCCCGCCGUGACCUGAUUAGUAUCAUUAGCGCCUGGGACUCAGAACACUGUGGGCAUUUGUUGAGUAAGGCUGAUGCAAUACAGAAUUUGAAAAUUUCAUCAUGGGCCAAUUGAAAUGGAGAGAGAAAACACACUGAAGUCAGUUUAUAUGCCAACCCCACUUCCGGUCCCAAGCCUCAUGAUUGCCAACGUGCCUUUGAAGAGAGUCUUGGCCAAAAACUUGACCGAGGAGCUUAUCUAGGAAAAGAAAUUCAUAAGCCCCAAUACGAGUCAAAAUGGGAGCUGUUUAACUGACUCAUGAAAUGAGAUCAACAAUACCAUAAUACAAAGCACUUUAAGGAUGCCACGAGGUACUUCCAAGAGUGAAGAUCUUCUAAUGGGUCAACCGAAAGUCCCGGAAAACAAGCUCGAAUAGAACCCCUCAACCAAGAAAACUACACAGGGGGUGUUAUGCUCUCAAUCCAAAGACAGGAGAACCUGAUCAGCUCACUGCUCUGAGAAGGACUGCAUGUUACUUUAAACCAAUUCACUGCCACCACCAAAGAGUCAAGGUAUUUCUUUGGAUGCUCCAAAAACUUUAUUUUUAUGGGAGAGAGGCCUUACUGAGGACAUAUUAAAUGAAUUCAGAA